CACGUUAGCGUAGAAAAAAAAAUGGAUGCCAACGCCGUUGACAUAAACGAUCUCUGUUGAAACCGUUUACGUAAGUCUUGGAAACCGUCGUGAUCAAACACUGUAUGAGGGUGGAAAAAAAGACGACGACGACUUUGGAACCAGGGUGGCAAAACGUGAACAUCAGAUAAACGGGCAGCCAAUGAAAUAUUGGGAGCUCGUAGCAUCCACUUCCUCUCGACCAAUUGCUUUAAAACGACGUCGGCGCAGGGAAUCGGAUGCUUGGGCGAACCAAAACCAGCACCAGCGUCGUAACGUCGCAGGCAUCGUUGUGAUCACGCAGUAAAGACCGACCAAAAAAAAAAAGAAAAAAGUGUCUCCGGCCGCCCUGAAAGUGAGGAAAGCCGCGACACGCCGCAGUAGAUACCCUCGUCAAAAUGAUUGAAACGGAGACCAGAAGUCGCAACCACGACAAGCACCAGAACGGAGAUGCCGCGACGGAAACGUCGACGGUGGAAGAUGUUUUUGACGACACUUAUCGAGAGAAAGAGGGUCCGAAGCCACCGAGGAGACUGGUGUGGAGAAAUAUAAUUAUGAUGUCCGUUUUGCAUCUAGCAGCGCUAUAUGGACUCGUACUCAUCCCUUCCGCAUCAGUUUUAACCCUUGCAUGGUCUGUGGUGUGCUUCCUCAUCAGUGCUCUUGGUGUGACUGCCGGUGCACACAGACUGUGGAGCCACAGAUCUUACAAGGCUUCCUUUCCUCUGCGAGUCUUCCUCGCACUUGCCAACUCCAUGGCAUUUCAGAAUGAUGUCUAUGAGUGGGCCAGGGACCACCGCGUCCAUCACAAGUACUCUGAGACGGAUGCAGACCCCCAUAAUGCCAAGCGGGGGUUUUUCUUUUCCCACAUUGGUUGGCUGCUGGUCCGCAAGCAUCCUGAUGUCAUCGAGAAGGGCCGUAAACUAGACCUGUCGGACCUGAAGGCAGAUAAAGUAGUCAUGUUCCAGAGACGGAACUACAAGCUCUCCGUUGUGCUCUUAUGCUUCCUGGUGCCCAUGUUUGUGCCCUGGUAUCUGUGGGGUGAAUCCCUUGCCGUGGGGUACUUCCUCCCUGGAAUCCUGAGAUACACCCUGGUUCUCAAUGCUACUUGGCUGGUCAAUAGCGCUGCACACAUGUGGGGCAACAGGCCUUAUGACCAGACCAUUAACCCCAGGGAAAACCCAUUUGUUGCGUUCAGCGCUGUAGGCGAGGGGUUCCACAACUACCACCACACGUUCCCCUUCGACUAUGCUACCAGUGAGUUUGGCUACAGGCUGAACCUCACCACGGCCUUUAUAGACCUCAUGUGCUUCUUGGGUCUGGCCACUGGACGCAAGAGGGUGUCCAAGGAACUGAUCAUGGCUCGAAUGCAGCGAACAGGUGACGGGAGCUAUAAAAGUGGCUGAGUUAUGCAAGUUACUGAUGCUGUAACUCAUGCCAACUAGUUAAACCAAGAGAGAUCGUAGCAAAAGUAAUAGCAGCAUUUUGGUGGGGCCGUAGUUUGGCAGUGGUGAUUGCCAUGGUUGAUAUCUCUGCUUCUGUUCAUGAGUUAAACCUAUUCCUGAGUUCCUGAGACUAAUGUUGGCUUUAAAUGGUCCCAGACCCUUUCAUAAGGUGUGAAUUUUUUAUGUUUUAAAAUGUCUUUUCCAACUAUUGGCCACAGCCAGUAUCAUGGCGAGGCGUGUAAGCACAGCUUUUUCACCUGCCAUAAUAUCAAGCAGGUAGUAGAAAAGUGAGGGGGGAAAAAAAACCAGCAGAAUGGGAUUGAAAUGGCCUCGGUGAGAACAUAACAGCCGUAUGGUCUGGACAGGGUAUCAAGGCAGUGAUUAGAGAAUAUUAACCUCUUAUUUAUUCAUGUGCUAUUUAUUAAUCCUUUUGCAGCACUUUGAAAUUGUUUAGUGAAAACGUCAGCAGUGAAGUUCCCUUGCUUUAUGACCAAAGCAGGCAAGAUCUAAUCAUGUGUCUGCUCACUCUGGGCUUCAUGCCCUAACCUGUCAGGAUCAAUGCGUAGCGCUUUGCUUCAUUCCAGAGAAGGUGAAGUUAAAUUAUUGUUUUACAGUCAAAAUUCUUCUUUAUUUUUGUAAAGCCGGUAGACUUAUCGAACCAUAAGCUGCUGUGUUUUACCGCCAAAUACUCAAGACAUUCAAUGCACUAUUGAACUGCCCCCAUUUAUCACACCUGACAACACUGGCAAAACCGCAGUUUAGCUGCAUAUAUACUUUGAUAGUAAUUACACACCAGUUGUCUCCUGUCCAAGGUGCUCUUGAUGAAAGUCUUCUGAGGAGAAUAAAGUUCUCUUGAUCUUACCACUUGUGUAUGACACAAUUUAUACCGCUGGUUGGGUCGUGAAGGUGCCUGGGACUUCUGUUAAGAUACCUGAAGCACUGGUUGUGCACCACCUUUACUGAGACACUUUUACACUGAGGCGUGGAAACAGACUUCUCACCUAUGAUCUAAACAGAGAGAAUCGUUAACUUUCCAUUUGGUAUUUUUUACCACAGUUGAGGAAAUGAGACAGGUACGACUGUCUCGCUUUUCUCUCCCUCAGACAAGGCCAAUAAGGCACGCACAGCAGGUGCAUUUACUUAUGCUGUUGUCUCAUAUUAUGAAAACAUCAUAGUCAGGACUUUGCCUACAUGCCUUAUUAGGGUAUUGCACUUUUGUCGUUGCACAUCUAGGCAGGUCAGUCUAACUAAAGACUAGUGCAAAUUAGGGAAGUGAAUUAGGGCUAAGAGAGUUGUCACUAUUCUGCCGUGUCUACACUGUAUGUAAGAAACACAAGCAUGACUGAAAUCCUUCAUAAUUUAGGAUGAAUGAGAGGGACCACAUAAAGAAGUCUCAUGGUUGGUUAAAAAAAAAAAUUCAACUUUUUCAUUGGUAAACAAAGACUCUGUUCUGAGACAACUUCCAAAUCUAUUAUCUUAUUAAGAAUAUUGUGAAAAUAAUUGUCACACUUGCUCUUUCAGUGCAAUUACUUUUUUACAGUGUUAACUUCUUGAAGUUUGAAUGCCUUAAAAAAAACUGGCACAUUUUUUCAAGGAAUGUUUUACCCACUGUAUAAAGCCGUAAAUAAACCAAAUUUUCUACUUGUAGGAAAGUAUGUUUGCUGUCAUUUUGUUGAGAUUCUGUAAUGCUCCUUAUUCCUAAACCUGAAUAAAAAUAGAUUGUUG